AGGGUACGAGGGCACGACCAGACGACGAAACGGGACGCAGACUGAGUAACGGGAGGACACAUAUGACUGAAGAGCGACGUGGCCUUUUUUUUCUAAACCACGAUGGAGCUUAAUUAUCAGUCGAUGAAAAUCGCCCAUCAAGCCCGGGAGGCAGAUGAGCUGAGAACUGAGAUGAGACGGAAGAGCCUUCUGGUCCUCAUUUACCAACAUCUUCUUGGACAAGGUUACACAGCUGCAGCGGUGGCCUUGGACCAGGAGACCAAUGGAGGUGUCAGGAAGUUCGAAGUAUGUGACAACAUUGAUCUGGAUAUGGUUCUGACGGAGUACGAAAACUAUCACUGUAUCAAAUUCCAGAAGUACCCCAAGCUCAUCAGAAGAAAAGCAGAUCCAGGUCAAGGUGAAAACAGAUGUGCCAAAAGUGGUGCAAAGAAAAGGAGUCCCUGUUCAUCUGUAAAGCCUCUACCCAAAAUCAGCCAGUCCCAGAGCAUGCAGUCUGAAAACAGCCUCAAGAGGACAGCAUCCAGUUCACAUACCAAUGAGAAUUGCUCCUCUUUUCCCAUAGAGCUGCCAGGGUGUGGUCUCAAUGUUUCCUCAGUUCGAAGUGAAAUAGAUGUGGAGACAGCCAUGUGCAAAAAGGAGAAGCUGCUGAAGCCUCUUAAUGGUCUUUCUGGGAUGACUGGAGAGAUGAAAGAACUGGCUGCAAUCAUCAGCAGAGACAUCUAUUUGCACAGCCCUGAUGUGCGUUGGGAGGACAUCAUUGGCCUAGAGGAUGCAAAGCGAUUAGUAAAGGAGGCUGUCGUAUAUCCAAUUAAGUACCCUCAGCUGUUUACAGGCAUCCUAUCUCCAUGGAAGGGUUUACUGCUGUAUGGCCCCCCAGGUACAGGUAAAACACUGUUGGCCAAGGCCGUGGCGACAGAAUGCAAGACAACCUUCUUUAACAUCUCUGCCUCAAGCAUUGUCAGCAAGUGGAGAGGAGACUCUGAAAAACUGGUCAGGGUUUUGUUUGAGCUGGCAAGAUAUCACGCGCCAUCCACCAUCUUUGUAGAUGAAUUGGAGUCAGUGAUGAGCCAAAGAGGAAUCACCAUAGGAGGAGAGCAUGAAGGGAGCCGCAGGAUGAAGACUGAGCUUCUGGUUCAAAUGGAUGGACUAGCAAAAUCUGAUGACCUAGUGUUUCUAUUGGCUGCCUCCAACUUACCUUGGGAACUGGACCAUGCCAUGCUGCGCAGGUUAGAAAAAAGGAUUCUUGUCAGUCUCCCUUCCUCAGCAGCUCGCCAAGCCAUGAUUUCUCAUUGGCUUCCUCCUCUUACCACCAUAGGAGGGGUGGAGUUACGAACUGAGCUGAACUAUGAAACUCUAGCAAAGGGGAUGGAUGGUUACUCUGGCUCUGAUAUAAGAUUGGUGUGCAAGGAGGCUGCAAUGAGACCAGUCCGCAAGAUUUUUGAUGCUCUUGAGUCACACAACAAUGGGGAUUCCAACAGGCCUGUCAUCGAGCUGGAAACAGUCACAACUGCUGGUUUUCAAGAAGUCAUCACUCACACCAAACCUUCAGCCCGAAACUUGAUGGACAGAUUCACAGCCUGGGAGAGAGAGUACAAGUCUGUCUAAAGCACAGGCUAAGUUUUACAUGGGAAAAUACUUUUGUACUGAAUAUUGGAAUAAGAUUCUCCUAGCUGUACAUGAUUUUCAAAGUAUUUAUGAAAUUGUGACCCUUAUUUGACUGACUUAAGUCGUGGAACAUCUGGGGGAAAUUUGCCAUCAAUUAACUUAGAUCCCUUGAAAAAGAAUUGGACAACCUUUGUACUCUGCUAAGUAGUAGUAAAGUAGUCUAUGUUUUUGGUUUAUUUGUGCUAGAAGCAGAAUCACAAGUAAACAAAGCAGCUGAACAUUUCUCCGCAUUAAAUGUUGUAAAAGUAGUUAUACAAGGUGCAAAAGGGUUGUUUCUUCCAAAUAGAUACUCUAUUUUAAGUUAUCUUUAUUAUAGAGACAAACCAAUAAACUGUUUGGUUAAAUUA